AUGGCAUUGCAGACAAUCAUCUCGGCCUCCAUUUUCGCAGCUCUAGCGACGCUGCUAAUCCUCGCAAAAGGUUCCCACGCCGGCGGAAUCGCCAUCUACUGGGGCCAAAACGGCAACGAAGGAACUUUGGCAGAGACUUGUGCCACCGGAAAUUACCAGUACGUCAACCUAGCUUUUCUCGCCACCUUUGGUAAUGGUCAGAAACCCAUGAUCAACCUCGCCGGCCACUGUGAUCCUUACUCCAAUGGCUGCACCAAGCUCAGCUCUGAAAUCGAGUCGUGCCAGAAACAAGGCGUUAAGGUCUUGCUUUCCCUCGGAGGUGCUGCCGGCAGCUACUCCCUCUCCUCGCCGGAAGACGCGAGGGACGUUGCAAACUAUAUCUGGAACAAUUUCUUGGGUGGAAAAUCAUCUUCCCGGCCGCUCGGUGCGGCGGUUCUCGACGGGAUCGACUUCGAUAUCGAAGGCGGAACUGGAGAGUACUUCGACGAUUUAGCCAAAUAUCUUUCGAGAUUCAGCAAGAGGGGGAAGAAAGUUUAUCUGGGUGCAGCUCCUCAGUGUCCGUUCCCCGAUGCUUGGAUCGGAAAAGCUCUGAAAACCGGCGUGUUUGAUUAUGUCUGGGUGCAGUUUUAUAAUAAUCCUCCGUGUCAGUACACGUCUGGCGGUGAUGAGAAUUUGAAGAAGUCAUGGGAACAAUGGGUGGCUGAUAUUCCGGCUGAUAAGAUUCUGUUGGGACUUCCGGCGUCUCCUGAAGCCGCCGGCAGUGGGUUCAUCCCCGUCGAUGAUCUUGUUUCGGAAGUUCUUCCGGCGAUCAAGAAUUCUGGGAAAUACGGUGGGGUUAUGUUGUGGUCCAAGUAUUAUGAUGAUCAAAGUGGGUAUAGUUCUAAGAUCAAGAGCCAUGUUUAG